UGUAGUGCGUGGAUCAAAUGACAAUUUAAUUAAAAAUGAACAUGUUAUUUAUAUUAAUAAUCUUUGUAAUUAAAAAAUCAUACUCUCUUGAUGUCUGUGAAAGUCAGAAAACAUGCGAGGAAUGUAUAAAGCAGUCAUACGAUUGCAUCUGGUGUUCCAUGGAUAACAUCACAGAUCGAUGCAAAUCAAACACUGCAGACCUCAAUAGCUGGUGUUUAGAUUUAACGCAUAGAAUCAGUCCGCUUAACUCACGUACAAUCGAACAAAAUUUAAACUUUUCUUCAGACAUCGGUCAUAUAAUUCAAAUGAAACCUCAGAAGAUAAAAAUGGACUUGAGAUUAGGCCACCCUUUACCUUUUGAUUUUUCAUUUAAAAGCGCAAGUGACUACCCGGUAGACCUUUACUUCUUAAUGGAUGGAUCGAUAUCAAUGAAAUUAAUAAAAGAAAAAACAGCUUACCAAAGUGAAAACAUAUACAAUAUGAUGAAAACCAUAACGAAAAACGUAUUUUUGGGAAUGGGUACAUUCGUGGAUAAAAAUGCUUUGCCGUUUACAAAAACAAAAAAUAGUACAUUAACAUAUUCUUUUAAAAAUCAUUUAAAGUUAAUAGAUAAUUUUGAAGUUUUCCGAAAAAUUGUGAAUGAUACACCAUUCGGAAUGAAUCAUGACGAACAAGAAGGGACUCUAGAUGCACUUGCCCAAGUGAUUGUUUGUAAAAAAGAAAUUGGUUGGCGGAGUGAAUCGAGGAAAAUUAUAGUUGUUCUCACUGGAGGCCCAUUACAUGCUGCUGGAGACGGUCAGUGGGCGGGUAUUAUAAAACCCAACGAUGGUAAAUGUUACACAGAAAAUGGUGUCUACACGAAGGAACUAGAAAUGGAUUACCCAUCUAUCGGCCUCAUAAACAAAUUGGCAUCAGACGAACAAAUGACGAUCAUAUUUGCAGUCACUAAAGAUAUGUAUAAUCUCUACAAAGAUUUGAGCGAUAACAUUAGUGGAUCGAGGAUAACAACGUACGAUAAUGAAAUCGUCAACAUUCUGAGAUCAAUUUAUGAGGAUAUUACUAGUAAUUUAAAAAUAAACAUUAACAUGAAAAGAAUGUAUCGAAACAUGCUGAAGAUAACAACUGAGCCGGAUUGUAUUACAACAAACAAUGACAGACAAUGUGUGGUCAAACAAAACCAAGAAAAGAAGAUAAAUGCGACGAUUGAAUUAUUGCAAUAUGACAACAAUAUCACAAAAAUGUCUAUCGAUAUUGUUGUGGAAGGCAUCAAAGAAAAAUUAAAUCUCGACAUUAAUUUAAUAAGCACGUGCAAUUGUGAAAGCGAAGAAAAUUCAAAAAUGUGCACAUAUAACGGCAAAAAAAGAUGUGGUAUUUGUGAGUGUAAUGGAGGAAACUGGGGAGAUAAAUGCCAAUGUUCAUCGAGUAAUUCAACAUCGUUUUAUGACAAAACAAUAUGCAAGGCCCCGAAUUCUACAGACGAUUGCAGUGGACACGGAAUUUGUAAAUGCGGAACGUGUGUCUGUAGGAAUAGGUUCGAGGGACGAUACUGUGAAUGUAACAAGGACAGCUGCCCAAGAGGGGACAACAACGCUCUCUGUUCCGAUCAAGGGGACUGCAACUGUGGGAAGUGCAAAUGCAAUCAGGGGUGGACCGGUGACGCCUGUAACUGCGCGACGUCAUCCGCUAGAUGUAGCACUGGUGAUACAAUCUGCAACGAGCGAGGUAAAUGCAUCUGCGGUAAAUGUGACUGCAAUCCCAUCGCAGAGUGGGAUGCGAGGAGCGAACAAGACAUCCGCUGCGUAGUACAGCCCUGUGACAAUAACCAAGACUCCUGCCAUAACUCACAAUGUAACAUACUCGAAUCCUGCGCAAUUUGCAGUAGAGAAACAGAAAAUAGUACGAAAUGUGCCGAAUGCUUCGACUUCAACGUCACAGUGGUCAAAAACAUAACUGAUGAAAAUUCGUGGGCCAUAUGCCUCGAUGUGCCAGUGAUCGUCGGAUGCGAGAUGAAAUUCGGAUAUCGAUAUGCUGCGAAUCGAUACGGUAUCGAUAUUAUAGUUCAAUCUGAUAUCAAUUGCGCUAAAAGUUAUUAUAUGUUCGGGGGAGGCGUUUUAGCGGCAAUACUUGCUAUUGGCAUAGGAACGAUUUGCCUUUGGAAAUGUAUUUCUGAUGCUCGAGACAAGCGAGAAUACGAAAGGUUUCUAAGUGAAGUGAAUAAUCCAUCGUCUGCUGUCAAGUGCGAAGACAAUCCAGUAUUCGCAUCUGCAUCUAUGACGUACCGUAAUCCGGCAUUUAGAAAAAAAUCUUUAUUUUAAAUGUAAUUUAAAAGUCUUAAUAAUUUUAUAAAUAUUGUACACUAUCAUAA